AACAAAAGGAAUGAUCUGUGAUAAUUUUGUAUUUGUCUGCAUAUGCUCUCCAACGGCACACAAGAGACUCAACCUCAGUCAAGAUAAAAUAACCCACUUGUUUUGCAUUUCAUCCAUCACUUGAACCAUUAAUUUGCCCCUCAGUGGUGCAACAUGGCUGUGGGGUGUAUCAUUCACAAUUUGCACUGCAAGAACUUAGUAAGAUUCUUUACAAAUAUUUCCCAAACCUGCAACCUCUUUCAUCUCAAAAGACGGAAGAAGCAGGUAUAUUGGAAUAACAUCACCUCAAGGUUUUCUUGGAGAUUCAUUGCUCUUCUUUCAUUGUCAUGUGGAUGGCUUACUGAAGCUCUCAAGCCUUCAGCAAUGUUGGGGGCUGGGAGGUACUAUCUCAUAGACUGUAACAGUUCAGGCAGAUGACUCAUCACCUUCUCAAAUGAUCUAAAUUAUGGCAUUCACCGUGACUUUACUGCUGUGAAUGAGUACUUGAAGAUUACCAAUGUUGCACCACAAACAGCAAGAAAGUACAGUCCAAUAUCAGUGGUAUAAAAAUUAUUGACAAAAUUCUGAGGCAGUAAAGACGGCUUGGGUUAGCUAGUAUCGAACCUGAUUGUUCAUCAUCUUCAUCAGUUUAUCACCAAAUCCCUCACCCACUGAAAUCCAAAUCCACUUCUCUUCCAAUUGCCACCCCAUUCAGAGGACCUACUUCCUCCAUGGUCUCAGCCCUCAUGCCUUGCAUCAUUAUCUGACACUCAGCUGUGUUCCCCAAUCUGUUGGAAAGGACUUUGUACAUGUUUAUUUGCAAAAAGCUGGUUUUAUUGCACUCAAUAAAGCAGCUAGAGCUGCUACUUCACAGCACCUGAGACCUGGGCUCGAUCCUGACUUUGGGUUACGUCUGUGUGGAGUUUACAUGCUCUCCCUGUGACUGCGCGGGUUUCCUCCAGGUGCUCUGGUUUCCUCCCAUAUUACAAAGACAUACUGGUUUGUUGUUAAUUGGCCCUUUUGUUUAGUAAGUGGAUGGGAAAGUGGGAUACAUAGAACUAGUGUGAAUGAGUAAUCAAUGCUGAUGUGGAUUCGGUGGGCCAAGGCAACUAUUUCUAUGCUGUAUCUCUAAAACUAAAAACAACACAAAAAGAAUGCCUCAGACUUUUUCCUAAUCAAUUUUUUUAUUGAUAUGGCCAUGUGCAAAAUACACAUUGGUCUGUUCUACUUCUCGAGUUUAACAAUAUAUUUCCAUUGCUAAAGAAUUUGAGAGUCCUCAUAUCUACAAUUAUCUAAUAAAACAUGCUUGUGUACUGCUGUUGUGAUCAAUUAUUCAAGCAAGUAAAGAAACAUGCACUUUCUUCAGUGGGUUGAGAUCAUGGUCUAAAGUUCAUCUCAGAUUUCAAUAUGGUACUUUGAUUUACGUAAAAGCAUAGCUUUGUGAGGCCCUUUUCUCCUCCCCUAUUUAUUGGGUAAUUGGCACUUACUGCGUGACACCCUGGCAUUCUCAACAAUCUGUGUGAUAUCCAGCAAUCAAUCACUGCCUUCCCAUGACACUCGGUUCAGAUAACAGUCCCUUUCCAGCCAAUCGUAAGGGCAGCUGAUGUUGCAAUACUUGGAGCUAUUUUUCCCUGGUUGGACUUCAACUUAGUCACAGCUCAAAUCAAAGGAAGAGCGAGGGUGAAUCGGUGAGUGGAGGAGAAAAAACUUCCAAAACGCAGAAGGACCGAGGAACUCCAUAUUAUUACAUUUCCGAAAAUGACACUGGUCACAGGGAGGGUGCCAGGAGAAUGCUUGACCCAUCGACUGGACAGCGUGGAGCUCCUGGAUCUACUCUUUGACCAGCAGGAUGGGAUUCUUCGCAAUGAAAACUUCCACGCAAAUGGCAGGGAGAGUACAGAGUGCUGGGAGAUGGCACAGCCCAGUAUUCACAAUGGGAGAAGUAAUGAAGAGAUCCUGUCCUCCAUUCUGGCAGAAGCUGUCCCUUCCUCCCCGCUCUGGUCCUCGGCUGGCAGUGACAGUGGGAUAUCUGAAGACCAGCUGUCUGAUCAGUUGGACAGCCCGCAGCAGCCAUUCAACAGCCCCCGAGACUUCGAGAGUUUCCACGGGGAACUGCCUUUUUAUCCUGGCCCAGUGUCCUGCUGCCCAGACCCUUGUCCAGGAGUUCCAGAUGUGACAUACCCAGAUGUGGAUUUCUCUAUUAACUGUGGUGACUGGAAUACUGAGGCGCUUGAGGAAGGAGCACGUAACAUUCCAACACAGCCUGCUACGAACAAUUUCCUCACACUCACUGUCAAGGACCUACUGCUCUCAAACAUGUCGGAGAAGAACCCACCACAGCCAUUCUAUGCCCGGGAGCUGGUGCUCAACGAAGAUGAGAAGAAGUUACUGUUGAAAGAAGGGACCACUCUUCCAUCCCAGCUGCCGUUGACUAAGCAAGAAGAACGGGUUUUGAAGAAGAUCAGGAGAAAGAUCCGGAAUAAACAGUCUGCUCAGGAGAGUCGCAAGAAGAAAAAGCAGUAUAUCGAUGGCUUAGAAAACAGGAUGGCUGCUUGCACGGCCCAGAACCAUGAGCUACAGAGGAAGGUCAUCCAUUUGGAGAAGCAAAAUACGACAUUGCUGCAGCAGCUGAGAAAACUCCAAGCCUUGGUCAUGCACUCUACAGGCAAGACUGCGCAGACAAGCACAUGCAUUAUGGUGCUGGUGUUGUCCUUCAGUCUGGUCAUAUUCCCCAGCUUCAGCUCCUUCAGCUCCAAUAAGGGUGCAAAUGAAGGUGACUUCACUCCGAUACGAGUAUUUUCUAGGUCUCUGCACAAUGUGGAGUCGACCCGUGUGCUUCAUAUGUUGGCCAAGCCUCAGCAUGACAUUUCAGCAGGGAAGAAGGAGGAACGUACAGACCAGCUCACUUUGGAGAAUACUGGCAUGGUCAGCGAACAAGUCCAAACUGUGAAUGACAAUGAACUCACUGGGGUCUUUGGAAGUCUCUCUCUUGGCGCAUCUGACGCUUUGCUCAGGAAUGGCACCACUCCCAAGGACAUUACCAUCCUUGAAGAUCUCGACCCUGAAGAGCACAGUACAGAACAUGGGCAUUCACUCUGGACUAAACGGAGCUCUUCUGAAAAGACCGCUAACCAUGGAGAUGAAAUGUAGUGGGUUUUGAAUUAUGGGGAAUGUCAUAUUAAUUGAUAUUUAAAUUUGGCUGAUUGGGUUUUGAGAUUUAAGUCUUUCCAUCAGAAUAUAUUCCAAUAUUUACAGCCUCACAUUUUCAUAAUAACCAUUUUGCAGUCCAAAUAUAUGUGUUGACCUUCCAUUUCUUGGUUUUGUAUAGCCACAAUUUAUAUAUUUAAAUUUUAAAAAAAAGUAAACGUUAGUCGUAAUGACAUUAAUGUGUCAAUCUCAGCUUCAUAUCAGUACUAUAACUAAUCUCUAAGCUUAUCAAGGCGAUCAAAUGAGCUGAUCACAUCUCGUGUGCGGGGUACAUUGUGUGAUUUUAAGUGAUCUUGUAGUUGCUCAUUCUUGAUAUAGAGACAAGGUCAGCUGUGUGAGAACUGUAAAUCAUUCUGUGACAGUGUUGCCAUACUGAUUGGCCUCUCUCGUGCUCUCUUUCCUCUGACCUGUAAGAUUGAGCUUCAUGUUUUCCUGUCCCAGCCACUUCCAAUGAUUUCAUUCCAUCCUUAACUUUUGGUGCUUAAUUCUCCACUUCCAUGGUGGCCCUCUGAGUAAGGAGGGAUAGCACCUUCACCACUGCUUGCUCAUUUUUAAUACAAGCGCACGGGCUGCCUCCAAUGUAGUAAUCGCUGAUUAAGUUGUGUGUUUUACUUGUAACUAUCUCAUUGCCCUGACUUUUCUUCUCCACGGAUUCAUGAUCAAAGUAUCAUUCAUGAUCUUCCCAGCUCAGUCCGCUACCACCUCAGCUUCAUCCAACAUCCAUACCUCUCAUGGCUUAAAUCACCUUCUCUCAUCACCCAUCCCUCAUCCUCUCCCUCACUCCCCCAACUCAUAGCCUCAUCCUCGCAUCCAACAUUUUCUCUAAUCCACUCCCUCCUUCCUAUUCACUCUCUUGUCCCCAAUUACCCCAAACCCACCCCCUAUCCACCCCAUCCCCCCCCACCCACCUCCACUCCCCUAUUCACCUCCACUCCCCUAUCCACCCUCUCCAUCCUAUCCACCGCUUCCCCCCAGAUUCUUGUCAGUGUCCAAUCUCAAUAUCCACUUCCGUAUACCGACUAUUCCAUUCCUACCUCAUAAUCCAUCACCUCCCUUCAUCAUUCACUCCACCAGCCCCACGUAACUCCUUCCCCACCAUCCACUCCCAUCUCACCGAUACUAUCUCCCAGGCUAUCGACCUGUACCUCACCAUGCUUUGUCAUGUGUAAUUGUGAUUUUUGUCACUUUGCCAUAAAUGUGACUUUCCAAAGAAAACAAUUGAUUAAUUAACUUUAGAAUUUACUUUUAGGCCUUCUUUAAACUAUUUCAGUGUCGCAAUCGGCUUGAAUGUAAAUCAUUAAAAUUCCGCAGUUCUUUA